CACGUAAACCACAUUUACAUAUCACAGCCCCAAACGGUCCAACGUUCCAACCCCAUCCCCAUCCCCGCCUCGGGCGCGCGCGAAGCUCCGCCGCCGCCGCCGCCGCUGCAGGAUGUCGCUCUGCUGCUGCAGCGCGGGGAGCCGUCGCCUCCUCCUCUCGCGCCUCCUCCUCGGCCAGGGCCGCCAGGCCCGGCGCCCCCUCCUCCACCUUCGCACCACCGCGACCGCCGCCGCCUCGUCCUCCGCCACAUCUCUCUCGACGCAGCAGCAGCGCCAGGUCUCCCUCUACGUGGAAGCCCUCCUCGACUGGAACCAGAGGAUGAACCUGACCGCCGUCACCGACGAGUCCGAGGUCAUGACGCGCCACGUGGUUGACUCGCUCGCCGUGCUUCCUCCACUAGAGCACGCAUACACCUCCCGCGGCGGCGACAUUUCUGGCAUCAGCCUUGUCGAUGUCGGCUCUGGUGCGGGGCUCCCCGGGCUGAUCCUUGCAGUUGCGCGGCCAAGCUGGAAGUUUACGCUGUUGGAGUCGAUGCGGAAGCGGUGCACGUUCUUGGAGCACGCAGUUGAGGUCAUGGAGCUGUCAAAUGUGGAUGUGGUGUGUGACCGAGCUGAGGGAUUCCAUUCGACGCGGACUACGCAAAGAAGCGAAAGACGCAUUGAAGUGGCAAACGGAGUUGAAGCAGAAGUUGCAGUUGUCGGCAACAUCUCCCUGGAGUUAGCUGAUGGAUUCAAGCUUCUGCUUAAAGAUGUUCUAUAUGCUCCAUUAUGUCAUAGAAACUUGGUUAGUGUUUCAUGUUUGGACAGAGAUAAUUAUGAAUGUUAUUUUGGACAUGACAAGUGUGCCAUAUGGUUUAAUAAUGCUUAUGUGGGUGAUGCUUUACUACACGAUGAGCUUUAUUUAUUAUCACUACGUGGAAAAGUGCAUUCUGUGUGUAAUGGGAAUGAGCAUGUCGCAUCGAAUAAAGAACAAAAGAAAAGAAAGAGAACUCACGACUCAUCGAAAUUAUGGCACUGUCGCUUGGGCCAUAUUUCCAAGGGGAGAAUAGAAAGAUUAGUCAAAAGUGAAAUUCUUCCUCCGCUAGAGUUCUCAUACUUAGAACAAUGCAUAGAUUGCAUUAAGGAAAGUAUGUAAAACAAAUUAAAAAGGUGCCAACCGUAGCACAACAACACUAGAAAUCAUUCACACCGACAUUUUCGGACCAUUUUCGGUGAAAAGUGUGGAUGGAUAUGAUUCGUUCAUAACAUUCACAGAUGAUUACUCUCGCUAUGACCACUCGCAAGUAGGACGUCAUCCAUAUGCACAGGAUUAGAAUGAAUUUCCUAUUCUAUAAAUUUGCAUGACCGUAGUACUCUCCCCCACGGUCGGAUCUUACUAUCUUUAUUCUUUUAUCAUGCUGAUUUUCAACUUCAGCUUUGAAUAUCUUAAAUUUAUCCAACGCUUCAGAUCUUUCUUUGAUUGGAUAAAUAUAACCAUAGCGAGAGUAAUCAUCUGUGAAUGUUAUGAACGAGUCAUAUCCAUCCACACUUUUCACCGGAAAUGGUCCACAAAUGUCAGUGUGAAUGAUUUCUAAUGUUGUUGUGCUACCGUUUGCACCCUUUUUAAUUUGUUUUACAUACUUUCCUUUAAUGCAAUCUAUGCAUUGUUCUAAGUCUGAGAACUCUAGCUGAGGAAGAAUUUCACUUUUGACUAAUCUUUCUAUUCUCCCCUUGGAAAUAUGGCCCAAGCGACAGUGCCAUAAUUUCGAUGAGUCGUGAGUUCUCUUUCUUUUCUUUUGUUCUUUAUUCGAUGCGACAUGCUCAUUCCCAUUACACACAGAAUGCACUUUUCCACGUAGUGAUAAUAAAUAAAGCUCAUCGUGUAGUAAAGCAUCACCCAUGUAAGCAUUAUUAAACCACAUGACACAAUUGCCAUGUCCAAAAUAACAUUCAUAAUUAUCUUUGUCCAAACAUGAAACACUAAUCAAGUUUCUAUGACAUGAUGGAACAUAUAAAACAUCUCUAAGCUGAAGCUUGAAUCCAUCAGCUAACUCCAGGGAGAUGUCGCCGACAACUACAACUUCUGUUUCAACUCCGUUUGCCACUUCAAUGCGUCUUUGCGUAGUCCGCGUCGAAUGGAAUCCCUGUAACGAAUUUGCAACACGAACAGUUGCUCCUGAUUCAAUCCACCAAGUAGAUUUCGAAAACUGUGUAUACAAGGAUUCAUUUACAAAGGAAACAAUGUUGUUACCUCUCUUUGCCAUUAUGGUCUUCAGGGCAAUCUUUCUUAUAGUGCCCAGUCUUCUUACAAUGGAGACAUGUGUCUUUGUCCACUGAGAUGCUGAUGUUGAGCUUUUCCAUGUGGCUUAGAAGGAGAACCUUUGCUAUUUUGAUUGUAAUUCGUUUUCUUGUUAUCCUUCACAUAGUUGAGUGAACCACCAUGUGAGGCUUUGAGUCUGUCCUCUUCUUGGACACACAUUGCUAUUGUCUUUUCAAUGUCCCAUGUCCAGGUGACAUAUUGUAGUUUACAACAAAGGUUUCAAACUCCUUUGAUAGUGAAGCCAUGACCAGGUGGACCAGGAGCGCUGGUUGGAUCUACAGAUCCGCAUCCAUGGGCUUGAGCUUUGCUGCCAUGUUGCUCAUCCUGAGGAUGUGCUCUCUUAUUCCAUGACCACCGCCAGUGUAGUUCUCUGUCACCAGUUGCUUUAUCAACUAAGUGGCAUAUGUCUUUGAAGAACCAGUGAACUGACUCUUUAUCUUUGUAAGCAACUCCCCUACGGAAGUGCACUCUGCAAUUGAGCCCACGAUGGCGUUCUCAAUUGUAUUCUUUAUAAAUGCCAUGCACUUUUUGUUUGCAUUGACCCACUUUUGGUUUUCAAUGGAAUAUAACAUCUCCACUGAAACAUGAUCCUUUUUUCUUUUUCUUCCACGCAUCAUCAUCAUCAGUGGCCUCUCUGACUGGCUGUAGGUCUGACCGGCUGUGAUUCAUCCACAACCCAGUCCACCUCAGCACAGACAAAUGCCAUGUCUACUUUCUUCCUCCACUCAGUGUAGUUGUCACCUCUGAGUGUCGGAACAUCUUUUAGGCAACUUUUAGAAUGAAUUUCCUAUUCUAUAACUUUGCAUGAAUACAAUUGUCCUCUCAUUUUCUUUAACCCAAAAUAACAUCUGAUUCUUUUAACUUGAAAUGCCACUGUCUAGAGACUUGCUCUAGUCCAUAAAAGACUUCUUGAAGCAGUAUCCCUUGUGUUCUUUACUUUCAUCUGAUGUAACUCAGAUCAUGAUGUGCCACUAACACUCAUUGUAAUCUAUUCAUUCUCUUUGCACAAAAUCUUUCGAUUUAAGUCGCGCUUUACACCUUUACAUAUUUCCUUUGGAGUCACAUUGGCCUUGUAGACCCUUUACAGCCUACUGUUUUGGCUCCGUUGGAAAUUACUUAUGAGUCCCAAACAUCGUCGGGAUUCACCAAUUUUAUUUGAUCUCACAUAGUCUCUCAUCAUUUAGACAAAAAACACACUUCUCAAAACUUGAUUGAGCGCUUUAAAUGAGGUGGGAUCAACCUCCAUUUGAAUUUCACUAACAUAGACUUUAUAGUAAUCAUAAGUAUCUGGUUUUCUUAUUCGUUGAGACCAUCUGUGUCUCAGGUACUGGCACUUCUUUCAUAUGGGGUUGUUGUUGCUCUGUCAUUGCCAAGAGGCAAAUUAAUUAUAGUCUUUCAUUUCCAAGAGGCAAUAGGUUUUACAGGGACCUGUUUCAUAAGAUGCAUGUUUACUCAUUCAUCCUUUAUAGAGCUAACAACAGGUGUUGUAUAGGUCAUACAACAUGCUCCCCCAGAUACAAUCUAUUCGAGUCUUAGGUAUUUUCAUACCAUGUUCCCCAGAUUACUCCAUCUUCACUAAAAUUGGCGUAUCUUUAAACUUUAUUAUUUGGGUUUAUUUUGUUAAAACUUUUUUCUUUAUGGCACUUUAAGCACCGUCUUAGUAUUCCUUUGUCUGCUUUCGGAAUGUAAAAGAUCCAGGAAUACAUCUAUUUCUUUUCUUUAGGGGUAUUAUUAUGACCGUCGUACUCCCUCUGAUGAUCACAUUCUUCAUUAAUGGAUCACUUUAGAUGCAUAAUGUGCAUCACAUUAUCUAAAGUAUAGAGGAGUUUCAGCAUUCUUAAUUUAUCUCAUAUUUCUUUCCCCCCCUCGAAAUAUGGCAAGAACUUUUCUGCCACAAUUUUGAAAAACCAUUCAUGACUCUUGUGGAUUGAGGAAACUUCUAUUAUCUACUUCAUUUAUCUGAUUACUUCAUACAAAAUGAAGUUAUAUGUUAACUGGUAUGGGAGUACUUUUUCCUCAUUUCAUUUCAGAAACUCAACAGAGUUCUUUAUCAUUAGUACUUUUGCAAGUCACACUUGCAUAUCAUUCUUAUCUUUAGCUUCGUCUGUAACUUUUAUUAUCUUUGGAUUUAUUGAGUGCUUAAUGACCGUUACACAUAAGGUGUACGGUCGAUACAAGGAAAGUAUAAUAGCUACUCCAUACUUUUCUAAGCACAUGAGUCAUCAUAUCUUUCUCCUGUCAUACAGGAUAAGUCCUUUGCCAUAAUUUCUCCCGCCAUACGGGAUUUUUGACAUAAUAUUAUGUCAACUUUACCCCGUUACGCAGGUAUUUUUCCAGACUUUUCCCGCCAUGCGGGUAAUUCCCUGUAAGGGACAUAAAUGCCAGAAUUGGCUCUUGAUUGCAUAUUCAAUCAUCAAAUUUAGGAGUAAAUCUGAAUGCUCUUUGACACACAUGCUUGAUACGACGUUGGUCAAAUUAAACACGCAUGUUGCUUGUU